UCUUGGCGGCCCAAACAAACGCGUUAGGCAGCCAGGCGAUGUUUAGUGAUUUUUUUUUAUGCCUUUGGAUUGUGUUUCUUUUGGAGGAAUGCGCUAAAAUGAAAACCUGGUGCUUUAGACACUAUAAUGCGAGUACAUGAAUCCUGUGACUGGUUAGUUUACACCCGAGAGACGCAUCUGCAGCUAAGCUAAGCUAACUACCGUAAUAGCGCCAUGUCUCAUAUCCCGACAGUGAAGUACUAAGAAUGCUUUAUUUCUUUCAGUGCGUCACACAUUUUAUUUUUGGGCUGUUUUAUUGUUAAUGUCUAAACUAGUACAGUAAAUAGUAGUGCACUACACUUAACCUAGCCGCUGUGCGGUGUUUAUUGUGGACUAGCUGAUCUCAGCCCGAGUUGUGUUUAGUUCAGAAGUCUGUAUGUGACUGAGUGAGUGAGGUGAAUCACAUGGCUACUGCAGUAAUGCUUAAGUAAAUGCUCUCUGCUUAGCAGCACAAACCUGCCUUGUUGAGUUUUUCCCAGUAGCAGAGAACAUGAAUGGUAAAGUCAUUCCUAACACUCCCAUGGCCGUGGACUGCUGGCAGCUUAGAAAGUGCAGCCACGUCCGGCUCUUCUUCCUCUCACACAUGCACUCAGAUCACACAUCUGGCCUCACAUCCACCUGGAGCCACCGGCCCAUAUACUGCUCUCCUCUCACCUCCAAGCUCCUCAAACUCAAACUACAGGUGAAUGAAAAAUGGAUCCAGCCUCUGGAGGUUGGGGAGCCGCACAUGUUACCCCUGGAUGACAUUGGAAAGGAAAAGUUAACCGUUACCCUCAUUGAUGCCAACCAUUGUCCUGGGGCUGUUAUGUUUUUUUUCGAGGGCUACUUUGGCACUAUUCUUUACACUGGUGACUUUAGAUACAUUCCAUCCAUGCUGCGAGAACCUUGUCUUAGGAAUAAUACCACUAUUGAUGUGCUUUAUUUGGACAACACUAACUGUGACCCAACACGUUCAAUUCCAACUCGCCAGCGCGCCUGCCAGCAGAUCAAGGAGAUCAUACGGGCUCAUCCAAACUACGCUGUGGUCAUCGGCAUGUAUGACCUGGGAAAAGAGUCUUUGCUUGUGCAGUUGGCACUGGAGUUUAAGACCUGGGUGGAGGUAGAUAUGAAACGUCUGGCAACCCUAAAGGUGCUGGAGCUGCCCGAUGUGUUCAGCACAGAGCCAGGCUCUGGGCGUCUCCGUGCCAUUGCUCAGGCUGAAGUCACUGCAUCCAACCUGCUGGCCUGGAAUAAGGAGCGGCCUACCAUCGCUAUACUGCCCACCAGCCGCCCAGUGGUGUCCUGCCACCAUAACGUCCAUGUCGUGCCCUACUCAGACCACUCUUCCUACCAGGAGUUGGAGGACUUUGUUUCAGCUUUGCGUCCUGUGUCGCUAGUGCCGAUUGUGGGCAGCUGCAUGCCGAACCUCUCCUCACUGUGCCAACGCAAGAAGCGACAUGAAGUGGUGGUACCCGAGUCAGUACAGCACUACAUGAGAGCAAAGCCCAAUGGUCAACCUUGUACUUUCAUACGUAACUUUCUUCAGCGUUCUUCGCAAACAGUGCCUCGAGGGGUUGUGUUUGAAUCACCAGGGAAAAAUCCCAGACUACCUCGACAUAAUGAUGAUGAAGAUUUAGAUGUUAUGGAGGUAGAAGAUGAUGUAACAGAAGAUGAUUCUGAACUGGAUGAAGACUCUGAUUGCGUUCUGUUAGACAUGAGCAAAGAAAACAUGCAUGACGUUAACACUCUACAUCCUAGGAGUCUAAAUGUGAUUUGUGUCCCAUCAGAGGAUGUAAUCUCGAUUGACAGUCUUCCUCUAGAAGACACUGAUUCGCUCAUUUCCUUUAAAGGAUCAAGGCCACCUAAUAUGAAUAUCACAAGCAAAACCACAAGUUCAUCAUGUGAUAGAGUUACUGCUAUGACCCAUAGCAAAAAUCCCAGGAAGAAAAGCCCCCAGAUGGGAAACAUUAACUCCAGAGUGAUGAGCCCAUCCAUGGACACCAUUAGUCUCCAUGAUAGCAGCUGUGUAAUGGCUUUAGCAGCUUUAACACCAUCUGAAACACACCCUGAUUCAUCUGAUGCAUUUAGUACAGUUGACAGAGAGAGGACAGAGCAGUGGCUACUCAAUAACUUCACUGUUCCAGAGGAAGAGCUCACAUGCCAGUACGGAAUUAUUCAAGGUCUACAAGAGGUGUAUCCACUUGCGCCAAUCAAUAUGCCAAAAGCUGAGGGUGAUCCGUUUGAGGCUGCAAUACAGAGAUUCAAAUCCAAAUAAGUGUCCAAACAUGUAGGACAAGGAAAUAACAUACAGUAUACUGUCCAUUAUCAGUACUAGUACCAGAAGCUAUUAAUAGUGAUGAAAUGCAGUGGGAAAGUCUCCUGUUUGUCUGUGAUGUAUUCUAAUAUUUAUACUCACUGUUUCCUUUUUUUGACUAGACCUGAAGAAAGCAACGUCGGCUUAUUAACUUAUUUGUGUUUAAUUUGCCACAAUAACAACCACUACUUUCUUUUGAAGCUUUUCAAUGCUGCCUUCAUUUACAACCAAUUUUACAUGAAGUGUUAAAAUUCUUUUCUCUUUUGUAUUUUUAACAUAUUAUGUGGCAUAAUGUAGUACUUUUUUUUGCACCAUAGUUUUCCUACUGCAACAUCAUGUGUGAGUAUAUCAAACCAACCCAUUUUGUGUCUUGUCAUUGUGCCUAGAUGAGUGUUAACUGAUUAAGUUUUUCUAACAGUAUGGAAACCAUAAUUGUAUUAUAAAUAAUGAGUAAUUCUAUGCCUUUGGCAUUUUGUUACUUUAUGUAAUAUUAAAAUUGUACGCACUGAAAUCUUUAGAUGAAAUUGUAAUAAAAGGGCAGAAGGUACAAAAGA